UUAAUGCGACGAUGGGCAUGCUAAAGCAAACAGUUCGCUAAGAGCUGUUCGAUAGUGUUAACCGUUGUAAGAAUAAGGUGGUGCUAAAUUUGUUUACAAUACACUUACGCCGUUUACCCUACCGUGUAGUUUAUUUACUAAGUCCCUUCAUUUAUGUCCGUAGCCAUAUAAAUCAAUUUAUCCGGACAUCGACUCUUAAUCUUUUCUUGACCAUAAGGACCAGAGACAGCAGCGCUACUUGAUCGUACAGCCACUGGGAAGCAAUUUUCGAUUCAUUAUGUGUUUAUCAAUGGAGAUAUAUAGUAAUGUGUGAAAAACUCGCCCUCCAGGGUAUUUAUUAGAGGCAGAUAUUGGUAAACUACAUUAUAACUCUUGUCUAUGGUUUUGUGUGGUGUUUUGUUCCGUGCAAAAUUUGAGAAAAUAUGCGAACCAUGUCGACACCUCGACGAAAAAUUUCUAUGUCUUCCAAACAGAAACCAUUGCGGAUUGCAAUUCUGGGACAAAAUGGAGUUGGUAAAUCAGCUUUGACCGUGCGCUUCAUCACACGACGGUUCAUUGGGGACUAUGAUCCGGAUUUAGAAAAGGUUUACGCUUGCUCACGAUGUUUAGACGGUGACACAGUGACCUUAGAAUUAUUGGAUACUGCCGCGCAGGCGGAGAAAAGUCGUUUAGAAGACCACAUAAAGUGGGCGGAGGCUUACAUUCUUAUGUACUCGGUGACCGACCGAUGUAGUUUCGGCGAAGUGAGCAGACUUAAAUUCCUCAUCAAUUCCUACAGUAAGAAGCAACGCAAAAGUGUGUCGUCACCAGAUUCUGUUAUGACAUCAACACCGGUGGUUCUGGUAGCCAAUCAAAUUGAUCGAAUCCAUGACAGAAUGGUUACCGAAGAAGAAGGAUUCCAAAGGUCUUUAGAACUUGGUUGUCUAUCAUUUUACGAAAUAUCUGUUAGAGAAAAUGUAGACUCUGUGUCAAAAAUAUUUGAGGAUAUUUAUCUCAUGUGCCGGAAACCGCGCAAAUGUCGUCAACAGCUGUGUAAACAAUUGUCGUUACCAAGUUUUAUCAACGAGGAGAAACCGGAAGACACCAUGGACACGUCUGCUACUCUGAACAGACGACGGAAAGCAAUCUUUACCGUUAGCUAAUCAGGUCCAUUUUCUGUGAAUUAUCUAUAAAAGU